GCCUCAUCACUGUGACGGCUCAGUGCGUGGGGCUCCGUACACUGACGUCGGCUGAAGGGGGCACACGUGCGAGAGGGAUGACUGGUGCGAUGGACGACUGCAUCAAUAUCGGUGCACUUACCGGAUAAGACAGCUGUGUAAUUGUUUAUCUCGCAGCAAAUUGCUGACGGUGUCCCCCAUUCGCCACUCUGAACACGGCUACUGUACACCAACGAGCACCAAACUUGUGGCCACUCACUCACAAACAAAAUGUCAACAAAGGAUGACAAUACACACAGACAUACAUACAUACAUCGAACUACUCCGCCGCACGCCCCAUCCCUGCGGAUGGCACUGAGAGACGUCGAGACGUCGCACAUGUGAUGGUGAACAUCGUACGUGUCAGGCAGACGGACCCUAUUUUCCUCUCUCCCACCCUCCAGUGCACAUCCAUCCAUCCAUUCUCUAGACAUGGCUACCGCCGUCUCCGUGCUGCUGCAGCGGCCCCUGUCGUUAUUUCCCGCAUACUCACCGGCUCCACCCUUACCUGCACAAACACACAUACAACACAUUCACACACACAGAGCAGAGGCAAACACGUGCCUGUAGGCGUACGUACCUUCUUGAAUCGCCGCAUCAGCGGCUUCUCAGCAACGUUGCCGCCGGUGGUGGUCGCGUCACUAGUGUCUCCUCCCGCACUGGGCUGCACACCGACGCUCCGCGCACUCCUAUGCGCUCGCAGCAGACCCAACCCACGAGACGUGUCCACCUCGGCAGCACUGUAAGGGCCAGCCGUGAUGCGCAACACUGCUCCAACCGUCUGCACACACACGCGACUGGGCGGGGGAGAGGGAGGGGGGAGGGGAGGGGAGGUCCGUACCUGUCUGCAGAUGGCACAUCUGGCUUGCUGUCUCCUGGCGAUGUUGCACGCGCACUUGACGCAGGACCCGCCGUGGCCGCACGGGUAGAGGAUGGCGUCGGGCUUGACGUCAAAGCACACGAAACACAAAUCCUCCUCACACGCCUCGUCGAUCGACGAACCUGACCCCACACACACUCACAGAGGGAGAAAGAGAUGCAUGUGCUGUGGUGCACACGGCACAUUGCCUGACCGAAGAACGAGUUCAUCACUGAGGAGGGCGGGUCCAGCAGGUGUCUGGGUGAGUGCUCGGGCGGCCUGUUGGACAGCUGCGCCCCCUGGGCGCCCUGGGCCGCCUCACCUGGCACACGUGACGACGCCGCGAGGGCGGUGCGGCGCACCUCUGGUGACGGCGGCCGGAGCGUGAAGAACGUAGAGGUCACCUGAUACUGACACCCACACACACACACACACAAACACUGUUUGUAUGGGAUGACUUCAUGAGAGCCUUGUGUACCAUUUCGGUGGGCAGUCUGUGUGCCCUCCUCAUGGCGAGCGGGGCCCUGUUUGGCUGCGGGCCGUCGGGCGGGGCGGGCACGAACCACGUCGCGUGCAUCGCAUAGCUGCACACACAUAACACAGAUAAUCCACACCACACACCGUACAUUGCCACGGAGGGUGCAUGGCUGACUUACCAGAGUGGUUUGCGCAGGAUGACGGCCGACAUGACGCAGGCCGACAAAUAGGCCAGCCAUGGGAUCAGCACCAACUCCAGCUGGUCAGAGCACUGGGACGAGCUGAGAGAAGGGCCGCACAGACCUGUACACACACCACACCACACCACACCCUCAGUUGUGUGUGGAUGUGGCAGACGAUUCAUUGGCACCUACCGUUGUCUAGGGUGUGGCUGAGUGAUACGGCGGUGGUGAGUGAGCUGGCGGCCAGACCGGCAGCUACCAAAGACAGCCACCCCACCAUCAACACUGGUUGGUUGACCGAUGCGAUGCGAUGCACACAAACAGGAACGUAUGCAGAUCUACAUGUGUGUCACUUCGGCUUACUUCUGGUUCUAUCAAGGAACGCCGUGACGACGCACACUGGGAGCAGCACCACCAGCAGCAGACACAGCACGCCGAAGAAACCCCACAGCGGCCUGGUCGUGACGUAUAUAUGUGUUGACACGACACACACACUGGUUGGUUGGUUAAUUGGCUGUCACAACACAGGAUGGCUGCUCACCAGAAGGCUGCUUUCCACGAGUAGCCCGACGCAUUGUCCCCUUUGCAAGAGAGGCUCACCAGGAGCACAAACUGCAAGCCACAUAAUGUAUGUCAUCAGCACACACACACACACAUACACACAAGAAAUAAUGUAUGUGCCCGCCAGCUCGGUCGCACCCACCCAUAGGAAUCUCCAGAACUCCCCCAGCACUCGCGAGAUGACGCCACACCCCUCCGCCUGAGGCUGCAUGCACCCAACACACACAAACAUACACACACACACCCCAUGUUAUGGUGCUGGUGGGGUCGCUGCUUACAAUGUCGUGUACGGAUCCCAUGCAGAAAUGUGCAGCGUAUCCGAUGAUAGUGGGGACCAUCGUCAGGCGCAGAUUCAACACGCGACGGCCGCGCGAGUACAGGUGCACCAGCAGCAGCACCUUGUACAGCGCAUCGGACGCCGCCAAGGUUGCCGUGCGCAGCGCCUGCACACACACACCACGAGUACACUCACCAUCCCAACCAAUGAUGGAUGUGCGAGUGGAUGGAUGAUUCUGGCUGAGUGAGUGACCUCGUGUUUGAUGAGCAUGCGCCUAUUUCGCCACAGGUAGUGUGCGAAGCACAGGUUGUACACGUCUAAAAGGAACAGGGGCAGCAGGAUCAGCCACCAGGGGAACAGCCCGCCGCCCAGCCACGGGGGCACCAUCCCAGGAGCCUGAUCACACACAACACACGAGCCAUCCCCGUGUGUCCAUCACGAUCCCAUCCCCACUCACUCACCAGUAUCUUGAGCAAGAGCAGGGCGAUGCUUAAGUCAGCCAUGAGAGCCGUCAUUAUCCACGUAUCGAACCGCUUCUCCGUAUCUCGCAGCAAAAAUGCCAUCGUCGCCAGCAGAGGGUCACCGUCGUCCUCUUCUGCUGCCACCCCUCCCACGCCCACGCCAUCGCCGAUGGGAAUCUGGAGGUCGGCAGCCGCGGCAACGGCUACUGGAGGUGGAGGUGGGAGUGGAGGUGCGGAGGGGACGGGAUCUUCAUCUCCAGGGGUCAUCGUGGGCCCUGCCGCCUGCAUCUUUUGAACCUUUUCCG